AUGGAUUUUGAUGAGUACAUGGAUAUGAAUGAUGAAGAUGUUGUAAACUUGGGAGAUGAUAUGAACGAGGGAGAAACAGAAGUGCAAGAAACAGAACCAGCUCCAGCUCAAAGUGAGACUCAAGCAGCUCCAGUUCCAGCUCAUCGACGAAAGAGGCGUUUAACUUCUGCUGCUUGGGAAGGCUUUGUUCCUGUAGGAGUUGGUAGUGAUGGCAAGGAAAGGGGAGAGUGUAUAUACUGUCAGGCAAGACUAGUUAUAGGUACCAAGACACAUGGAACAAACCAUUUGCUUCGCCAUUUGGCUAAGUGUCCAAAAGCUCCCAAGAAGACAGAUAGGCCUCCAUAUGAUCAAAAGAUUGACCGAGAGAUGACCAGCGAGAUCAUUAUCUAUCACGAUCUGCCAUUUCGAUAUGUGGAGUAUGAAAAGGUCAGAGCAAGAAACUUGUAUCUUAAUAUGUUAGAUAUGUUAAGGCAUCUCCACAAAGAAGAAACGCUUUUUCAGCUUGUGCAGAGAGAGAAAAGGUCAAACCUGGUGCAGGAUUGUCUCUUGAUAUAA